AUGGAGUAUAGUUACGACAAUAAAGGAUUAAGGGAACCUCUCAUCAAUAGGACAUUUAAUCCAGUACCUUUGUUCAUACAGGAAGUGAAUGCCAGCGACAUUAUCUCCUUUCCGACCUAUGCACCUGAUGGCCCUGGUGUGUACUCCGUCAUACUUGAAGUAAAUGACAAAGCAAACAAUUCUAAAUAUUCAAGACAAGUAGCAAUAUAUGAUAGAACAUCUAACAUAUCAACUAGCUCUAUUCAUCUGAUAGAUGUUACAACCGCUUCCAAAUUGACAAAUUUUACAUGGCAAACAAGUCAGUUUUCGAAAAUUGAUGUUUCAUGGUCAGGCCAUUUCAUGAAUGAAGUACACGAAAAGGGACAUUUUCUGGAAAAAAUACUUGACUACGUUCCACGCUUGAGUGAUGGAAAGUUUGGAAGGCGUCAUGACUACAAGAAAAUACUUCCUAGUUUUGAUGAUAAUGACGGUGUUAGAAACAGAUCGUUCAUACCAAAUAUCAAAUCCAUUAUUCGUUUUGAUACCGUUGGUAGACAAGGUAUUCCUAUGUCGACUUUUCCAAAGACAGCUUGGCAAGAUGUUACACCUUUAAAUGACAAUAAAAGUUUCCCACUUAUGGACAUUCGUGAUGGCGAUUCUUAUCAAAUUUGGAUUCGUGCACAUGAUAUUAUGGGUAAUAGUAAAGUUGAUUAUACUGCUGUACAUUUUGACAGGAGUCCACCUUCUGUUUCUAAAGUAAAAAUAGAGUAUAACAUUGAUGAUGGAGCAUACCCAUUCUCAAGAUUUACAGUGGUACUGAUAGUUGUCAUUAUUGUGUUGGUAUUCCUUGGAAGGACUGGACGGUUACAACCAGCCAAACAACAUGACCAGAACGAAGAAGCAAUAAUGAAAAUGAAAGCUAAAAUAAAUUUCUAUACUAUAAAAGUUGGUCGGCACAAAAAUGUCUUGCAGUUCAUUGGUAGUGUGGAGGAUGAAGUUCGUGGGCCAAUGAUGAUACUGGAGUACUGUUCGAAAGGAGUUCUCAAGCAAUUUCUAGAGGCUAUAAAGUCAAACAUAUCCGUUGACAUAGACGAAAGACUUUACAGAAUUGUAUUUGGGAUAUGCCUUGGAAUGGACUUUCUGGCUUCAAAGAAGGUUGUUCACAGACGUUUGGCUGCACGUAAUAUAUUACUGAAUGGAAUGUACGAACCAAAGAUCACAGGUUUCGGUCCAGAUUAUAUUUCUGACGAAGGAGAUGACAAAUCUGAAAGAGAAAGGAUUCCUAUCAAAUGGUUGGCACCAGAAUGUAUGAAUUCAACAAAACAUGCCAAUGAGCUGAGUGACGUUUGGUCUUUUGGGAUUGUCAUGUGGGAAAUAUUCUCACUUGGUGAAACACCGUAUCCCGGAUUACAGAGCAGAGAAGUCCCUGGAAAAAUCAAACAAGGCUACAAGAUGAAGAAACCUGAACGCUGUGAUGAUGCGUAUGUAUAA